AUGAAUACAAUUUUAAUGAAAGAAUUAUAUAAAGUUGAAGAUUAUUUCUGUCCUGAAUAUUUCACUUGGUUUCGCUAUGGAAAUGAGGCAUUACUUACAAAUGAGCGGUCUGGUAUUGAUCAUAUGGAUUGCAUGGACUCAAACAGCAUGUGUCAUCAAAAUGGUCAAGUAAUUCCAGAGACCUUAAGCUUCAGUGAGGAUGAUUUUACCAUGGAUAUCUGCAGUCUGUGUGGUCUGGUUGUAGGAGUUCAAUUCUUCGCAAAUUUAGCUUUAUUGGUCAGAACUCCUUGCUCAGAUUGAUUUCUCAAAAUAUACUCUUUUGUAAAUCCAUUUUUUCUACUAAUACAUAAUAUAAAAUUAUUAUUGAUAUCAAAUGAUGUCUGCAGAGUAUAACUAGGGCCAAGAAAGUAAGUGAUUUAUACAGUGUGAACUGUUCCUAAUUGAAGAUAUUUUGAGUUUAGUCUCUCUUCCAAAAUAUAAUUUAGGUACAUUAAUGUUGUGUUUUUUUAAUAAGCAUAGAUAAAUAUUAAGAGAAAAUUAAUGUAACUCUUUGGCAACUUGUUCAUAAGUCAUAAAUCUGAAAUAAAUCUAAUAAUGUGAAGAAGUCACAAUUUUUUUCUUUGGUAACAUACUCAUAUCUAGUUUAUGAUAAUCUUUG